GCUGUUGAGAAAUUUCAAAUAUUUUAUGCUUAUCGUUAAUAUACGGAAAUGUUGUUAACGUUAUGUUCAAAUAUUUACAAUGAAUCAAUAUUGAAAUUAGUUUGCACGUAAUAAGUUCAAAGCUAUUAGUAAAUAGCUAUUUUCAUAUUUAUAUCGUUAGAAAUUAAUUUAUCGCGUUUAUGCAAGCAAUUGCCUUUGUGAGAGAAAGAAGACGAUACAUUCUUCGUGGAACAUAAUCGAAAAUGAUUCAUAUUCUAGCGUUUUGAAUGAUUCAAUUGAACGUGGUGUUAGAACUAGACUGUAGUGAACAAACUUUACGAUAGAUAAACGCUAGUUCUUAUUUCAGAUCCGAAUGGGUAAUAUCGGAAGCCGGAAACUUUAAAAUGCCUCAUGUUAUUAGCCGAAUCCUGCUGUUAAAUCUUGUGUUCUUCGUGUUGUGUAUCAGUGACUGUAUCGUGUCCGAGCCCUAUACUGAGCGGCUCCGCAUCUUUGGUCCGCGAAUUGUGCCAGAGUACAGCGCACUGGCGUUGGAAUGUGAAGCUGCAGUACAUGAUGUCCAAAACGAAAGCGUAAAUUGGUACUUUUCGGACAACAUGAAUCCUGUAAAACUAAAUACAAACAUGCUGAACACAACAAUCAAUGGGAAAAGUGUACUACAAAUCAAGUCCGUGUUGAGACAACAGACUAACAUAUUUUACUGUUGUUUGGGAAAUUCUACAACCAUUUGUGCUACACACAGCGUGAUCGUUCUAUAUACAACAUUAGAUCAACAUAUAAUGCGCCUCAACGAUGCAAGCGGUGUUCUUUUGCUCACCCAAUCCCCAGAAAGUCCACCAAAGCAAUAUAGCCAUUUAGGUUUUGCUUUAUGUUUGCGUUACAGAUGGCAGUUGGAAAAUGUAGAAAUCAUUUCCUCCUUCGACACCGUCGCUUCCGAUAGUUUUUAUAACGACUCUAUCGAAGAGGAGAAUGAUGACAAGCAUCUAUGGAAGCACAUUUAUUACAACGUGGAAUAUAAUGCACUUAACGGCAAUCGAUUUUUUGAGAUCAAAUUUACUAACAACGUGUCCCACACAACAUAUUAUUUGUAUCUUUCUUUAAACGGUGCAGUGAACUGUUAUGCUACUAGGCAUGAUAGUGCAUUACUUACACGUGUAUUUUACAUUGCAGGAAAACCUAAACCGAAAAUGGAUGAUAUGAUAUUUUUAUCAGACGCGGAAAUGAUCGAAUUACGAUGUUGGGGUAUAGCAAUUCCUGUGCCAAAAGUGACCAUUUCCUUCACACCAUGUCCAUCGCUUGAGUGGAACAACUGCAACAAAUCAACGGUGACUCUAGCGGAGUCAAUCUCCUACAGCAGCAGCACGUGCUUUUUCAAUGAAAGUGUGCAAGUACCCGGUCAAUAUUUAACAUCCGGAAUAGUGCACUGCACAGCUACAAAUACCGAAGGUACCUCCUGCACGCGUUCUAAACUGUUACAACGCAACCAGCGAGACGUCAUGAUGUUGUUAAAGUUACGUCCGAGCACCGUGAUCUAUACUGGCGAUUCAAUCACCGUCCAAUGCUUCGUAGAUCGUUACAACUUCACCAACAGUUUCACAUUCCGUGCCAAAAAUGAACGACAUAAAGUGCUGGGACAGCAAGACAAUUUCAAUUGGGUGGCAAAUUUCACGGUCAAUAAUCUUACUAUACACGACAACGAAAUAGAAUGCCAAUCGAUGCAUAACAAUGGUACUUUGGUAAAGAAAGUUUUAAAUUUUACAAUUGUACGACCGUAUAUAAAUGCUCAGCAAACGGUGAGACAUGUAAUAGCUAAAUCGGACAUACCACUGCUUCUGACCUGUAAUGCAACCGGUAGGCCUGUGCUACAGUAUCGGUGGUUAAAAAAUGACCUUCAACUUCCCAACACAAACUUUAUGAUUGUGAUAAAUGCAUCAGAAGAUGAUGAGUUUGAUUGCUACGCCAGUAACAGAGCAGGAGAGGUCAGGCUAAGGUGGGUAAUAUCAAAUUCUACUCAAGCUAGUAUCGACUUCACUUAUCAAUUAGCACAGGCAGUUACGCUAUUCCUAGUAGUGACAAUGGGUCUCGUUUGGUGUUAUUUUAUAGCUGAAGAGCUAUGUACACUUAUUAAACUUCAAAGAGCCAUCAGGAAUCGUGAACUAUAUCCGUAUUACUAGUACUCAAAACAGCACUAAGUAUUCCCAAUAAAGUAUUUUAUUACUAUCGAUCUCUCAAUUUUAUUCUUGUUGUACAAAAUCCCCUUACUUGACUUGACUCCCCUUAGGACUUUGAUCUUUAAAGAAUCUGGUCACACUCUGUAUCACUUUUGUCCACAAGGAGUUUCCGAUUACAGUGGGAGAUAUCAGCCCGCAACACUGGGCGACCAAAGUUCAAGUUCGAUUCCAUGUCAUUGAUUACAGGUACACCGAGAGAUACGAGAAACCAUUUCUUGCGACUCAACCAAAUGGCGCUGAGUGAAGAAGCGUGUAACCGCACAAGCAUUCCAAGCCCAUAAUCCCAGUGCUAAGGAAAAUUUGUUGUAAACAUUGAGGUGGUAACAUUAUUAAUUACCG